CGUUGGACCUCUCAUAAAUUCCAGAUGGAGACGAGUGCUUAAAUCAAGAAAUAUCAUUGGACAGGCUUUCUAGGGGCAUUCGAAGUAGAUUGUGGCGGUCCAAUUCUAGCCGGCAGCAGGUUCUAUAAAUCUGCAAUCUUCCUCUGUUGAAAUCUUUCUCGAAAUUACACCCUCGAAAGAUAUAGUUUCAAGCAUGACCGCGAUGAUGAAGAAUUAUCUUCACUUCACUGCUGGAGACACGCUACUCUUCCAGACGUGGCAUCCAAAUUCAUCCGGGGCCAUAGCAGGCGCAUGCAUUGGUCUCGUACUCGUCGGUCUUCUCGAGCGUUGGCUAUCUGCUACUCGUGCUGGAUUGGAAUCUUAUUGGACUCUGGCGCUGACCUCGCACGAUGCUUCGGAAGAGAAAUGCUGCGAAGAUGAUACUGCGAGUGAGAAAUCUGGAUCUGCUGUUGGUCGGAAGAUAACACGCAGUGUUCCCCCGUUCAUCGCUGCUCAUGAUGUUUCGAGGGGCACUAUCUAUGCAGUUCAAGCGUUGCUGGGAUACAUUCUCAUGUUGGCUGCCAUGACCUUUGAAGCAGCGUAUGUGAUAUCGAUCAUAUUGGCCUUGGGAAUUGGGGAGAUUCUGUUCGGAAGGAUGAACCGUCGCAACGCAUUGCAUUAAAGGAUCACCCCCUACUGUUUACAGUUCAGGGUCUAUGUAUGCUGCAGGUAGUGCUGCCGUGCUACAUAGUACAAAGGGGCAAUCACCAAA